AUGUCUACUGUGAACGUUUUAAGAUACUCUGCAUUGGGUCUAGGUCUAAUUUUUGGUCUUAAGAAUGAUUUAGUCUUCAGAUCCGAUGCUAAGAAGCAAAAAGAAGAAGAAGAGUAUCAAAGGAAGUUGAAGUUGGUUGAAGAAGCUAAGAAGGAGUAUGCUAGAUUGCAUCCUCCAAAGGAAACCAAGUCAUCUUCUAAGGUUAACUGGGAAGAUCCAGCUUUGGAUUAUGGUUCUGCUAUUUUAAAGGCUGUUGAAACAUUAAAGAAUUGA